AUGGCGGAAUUCAACCCAGAAGAAAAAAAACAUUCGUUUAUUUUUUGGCUGCCAUUUCUGAAGUUUGAAUGACAAGCCUUCUGUGAAACCUUCAACGGCCGGAGAAAGUUCAAAAGGUCAACUUAUUCUCAUUAAUCUGUAAGCGCCGCGGGGAAGAAAACAAAAGACUAAAUAUAUAUUUUAAAAUGCUGGUUUUUCUGCGACCAAAAGUUCUUCAAGCUAGUGCCCCAACAUGGCCGCAGUCCAAUGACUGAAACAAGUAAAAAGAUUUUUAGAAAAUAAAAACAACCGAGGGGUUUAUAAAAACAUUUCAAGAGAUUUGGCUGUUGUUUCUAGCAUGUGGAGAUACCUUCUGGGCUUAACUAGCGUCGAUACAUUCGACUAAAAAUUCUUCAAGGUGGUGCUUCAGCAUGGCCGCAGUCUAAUAACUGUAACAAGUAAAAAGGAAAAAAAAAAUCGGGGGCUGGAUACGUUCAACUAAAAAUUCUUCAAGGCGAUGCCCCAGCAUGGCCGCAGUCUUAUGACGAACAAGUAAAAAGGUGAAAGAAAACAAUCUCAAAACAUAACCGUGGGCUUUUGUCCUACACUCAAACAACACAUCCACGUUAGGUUGGAUCUGUUCAUUAAUAUUCAUUACAAAAGCUGCUUGUCAUAACAGUUAAUUUAAGAAACAAACUUUGUUGUGAGAGAUAGUAUAUAUUCCCACUUAAAGGUGGGAAUAAAUAUUGACUCUGUCGCUAAUAUGUUUGUAUAACUUUGUUGAAUCUAGAGUGAGUCGUUUCGCCAAUAUUUCCCUUGACACAGACAAAAUUUGUAUCAACUCACGAAUUGACUUAAAUACUUACAGGCCAAAUACGAAACUGCUCGGCUGGAACUAAUAAACGGGGCAAAAAGUUAAGUGACACCGUUUGAUAUUUUGGCGGGAAACAUUUGAACAUGGCGUCAAAGCUCAAAGUCGAGUUAAAGAAUACUUUCAAGAUGCAUGGCUUGACACUUCGCGGUGAAGCCAGUAAAUUUCUUUUGGAACAUUUGGAGACUAUGAAAUCAAGUAAAAGAAUGCAGAUGAUUGACAAAAUUUUGGAGAAUGUAAUGAAGCAACCUUUGACAUCAUCUUUGAUAGAUCGAUUUACCUGCAUGACUGCACUGCAGGAAUGUGUUGCUGGUAAUGAAAACGAUGGAGAAAAUGCCUUUAGUGUGAUUGAUGCGUUUUCAGUGCCAAGAUACACUUAUGCUGAAGAACGGAAAAAAUUCAUUUUAAACGAAGAACUUGGCUUGUCACCACCUCUACUUCAUGGACAACCAGCUGACCUCUGGAAAUUGUUUAAGGAUCGUUAUAUGUUACUCUAUCAGAGAACUAUGCGCCACCAUCUAUUUACACCACCAGCCAUUAGAAACAUGGAUGAAAAUUCUCAAAAAUUUCAGCUGAAACCGAUUGAGCACCUGCUGGGUACAACAUCUAAAGUUGGAGAACUCAUUGUUCUUGGGAUGCUAACACAGCUGAAAGAGGGGAAAUGGUACCUUGAAGACCCAAGUGGCUCAGUCCUUAUUGAUCUCACCGGAGCAAGUUUCCAUACUGGACUUUUCACUGAAAACUGCUUUGUACUAGCUGAAGGUUGGUAUGAAGACAGCAUCUUCCAUGUGACGGCAUUUGGCUUCCCACCACCUGAACCUGCCUCUGUUACCAGGUCCUAUUUUGGCAACAUUAACUUCUUUGGAGGUCCUCUCAAAACUUGUGCUAAGGCUUCAGACAAACUGCGUCACCUUGAAGUUGAAAAUCAAGAGUCCAUGUUUGUCUUUCUGUCUGACGUUUGGUUAGAUGAGCCCAAAGUGGUUGACAAAUUAAAGGUGUUGUUUAGUGGUUAUUCUGAACACCCCCCUGUUGCAUUUGUUUUUUGUGGUAACUUCACGUCGCUGUGUCACCAGGCCAAUCACACCAAAAUACUUCGAGAAUCAUUUAUUGAAUUGUGUGAUAUAAUCUGUAAAUACCAGAAUCUUAAGGACUGUUGUAGGUUCAUAUUUGUCCCAGGUCCAUUGGACCCAGGACCUACGAACAUACUCCCUCGACCUGCCAUUCCCAACUCUAUCACAGAAUAUUUCCGGAAGAAAAUCCCUCAUGCAAUAUUCACCAGCAAUCCUUGUCGGAUCCAAUAUUGUACACAAGAGAUUGUUGUCUUUCGAGAAGAUAUUGUUACCAAGCUUUGUCGCAGUUGUAUCAGAUUUCCUACCUCUGGCGAUGUGCCUACUCAUUUUGCUAAAACUAUAGUGUCCCAGGGUCACCUCUGUCCACUACCACUUCAUGUAUGUCCAGUUUAUUGGGCCUAUGACUGUGGCUUGCAGCUCUAUCCCUUGCCAGAUUUACUUGUAUGCGCUGGCAAAUAUGAUGGUUUCACAGUAAAUUCUCUUGACUGCAUCAUAACAAAUCCUGGAUCCUUUUCACGGUCAAAUUUCUCCUUUAAAGUUUAUAUUCCGAGUACGAAACAAAUAGAGAACAGCAAGAUAGAAUGAAACCAAGUCUUCAGCUGAGUUGUCAACAAGCAUUUGUCACAGCAGCAGGGAAGUUUCUAGAAUCCUGUUUAUGUUUACCAGUGAAUUUGUUUUUGUUUUUGUUUUUUUCCCCCCUUUAAUUUUCAAUUGCUGUUUGUUGUCUAAUAAGGUCUAUAACCUUUAUGACUACAAAUUUUGCAUGUUCUGUUUCUGUAUAAGACACACACAAAGUCUGCCAGGCUGGCAAGAUUUUAUUCUUAAUUCAUGGUUGAAUUUUGUGUGUUGAGAAACACACUUGUGUGUCAGCUUAUUUUAAAUUUUGAAAUUUUUUCCACUAUUCUAAUGAUAAAAUCCCCCUUGCCCUUCUUCAGCCCUCCUUCAUCUAAUUAAGUCCCCCACUUCUAAAAAUAUUCCUAUAAUUAUCCCCAUUCCACUUCUUCUCACCCCUUUCCAUUAAAACCAUAUUUCUAUCAUUCGAUUAAAAAAAAAAAAAACUUUUCCUGCCACCUACAUAUAUCUAAUUGAUAAAAUACCUCCCACAAUUUAACAAAUUGCCCAUACCCACCUGCCAUGUUUUAGAAACAAAAAUUCACCAUCAUAUAUUGCUAAUUAAACCCUGUGGGAGAUUGUAUGUGGUGUAAAGUACUGAUCCUGUCAUAUCAUUCCAUAUGAUAUAGACAAACAGGUGGCUGUUAGCUUUUCAAAGUUUGCCUGAAUGAAUGGAUGAAAUCCAUGUUGUUCUGUGUAGAUAUUGUAUGCACACCCCUGCUGUUGUUCAGUCUAUUGGGUUGGCAAGAAAGUAAUUUCGUUUUUUGCAAAUAGAGAUUUUUUUUUUUUUAAUGGCUUAUGUCAGUGUUAUGAUUUUUUCCUUUUGACAAUUGAUAGCUGUUACUUUUAGCUUACUUUAGAAGCAAAUUGCACGUAAUUUUGUUUACAGCUGUUCGGUGUCAAUUUUAGCAUAAAGUGCAAAAAUGAACAUUUUUCACCAUAUUUUGAUUUUUUUAAAUUUCCAUAAAGCCAAGAAAGCAACUGAGGUUCACAAAGAGAUAUAUGAAGUUUAUGGUGUUGAUUGCUUAAUACAAUGCACAUGUCAGAAAUUGUUUUGAAAAUUCUAUUCUGGAGAUUUUUCAUUCAAAGAUGACCAAUGUUCUGGUCGACCUACUGAAUUUUAUGACCAAAUCAAAACCAUAAUUGAAUCUUAUUGUCAUAUAGUUGUGCGAGAGAUUGCAGAGAGUUUAAAUGUAUCACACACAACAAUCGAAAAUCACUUAAAAUGUCUUGGACCCUUUAAGAAGCUUGAAAAAAAUGACUUUUAUUUCACACUAAAAAAAAACAGAAAUUACUUUCUUGCCAACCCAAUAUUUUUCUGUACAUCACGCUAACCCUAUUGCCCAUCCCUUUUUUUUUUUUUUUUUUUUACUCCUUUUCUCAUUUUGCUUCACCAUUCCAGAAAAUAUUUUACUGUCCCCCCACCCUUUUUUUUUUCUUUUUUUACCAUUUAGUACUCCACAUUACAUCUGUUCAACGACAUACUUUAUAUUUCGAUGAUUUGUAAACUUUUGUAGCAUGCUAGAGCGUGCUAAUCCUUUACCUGACCCUCCUCUAUCUCAUCAAGUAGUUCUCCACAACCCUCUAAUGACACAACAUAGCUGAUUCUGAAAGAAGAAAACUUGACUCUUAAUACUAGCUUCAUCCUUUAUAUUGGUUCCUGAAGAAUGAAAUGGGUCCACUCACUGGCCCUGUCAAUCUUACCCCUUUAGUCUGCUGAUAUUCAGUUCCAAUAUCAACCGAAUUUGCGUACUCUUUUAUUAUAUUACUUAUUUCAGUCAUUUGACUGCAGCCAUGCUGGAGCACCACCUUAAAGGCUUUUAGUUGAUGGAAUUGACCCUAGGACUUAUUCUUUGUAAGCCUAGUACUUAUUCUUUCGAGUUUCUUUUGCCAAAUUGCUAAGUUACAGGGACAUCACACCAGCAUCAGUUGUCAAGCAAUGACGGGGGGAGGGACAAACACAGACAUGCACACAUAAAUACACACUCACAACUGGCUUCUUUUAGCUUCCAUUUACCAGAUGCAUUCACAAGGCUUUGGUCAGCCUGUGGCUGUCACACACUGUAAUUGAACCUGCAACCAUGUGGUUGGGAAGCAAGCUUCUUAUCACACAGCCAUGCCUGUGCCUACAUGUUUAAAUUUCCUUCCUGUUUUACUUUAUAAAUAUCUAGCCUGCUCAACUCAUCUUCUCUCUCUUUCUCUCUCUCUCUCUCUCUCUCUCUCUCCUCAUGCAUUUUGCACUAUCUAUCUGUAUCUAUGUAUGCCUUCUUUAAAGCAUUCCAUUGCUAUCAAAAGUAACCAAGGUUGUUACCUGGCUUGAUCAAGUAGGCGUAUGACCAAAGGUAUUUAAAUUAUCUUUUAUUUGUUUCUUGUUUUUGUCAUUAGACUGUGGCUAUGCUGGGGCACCACUUUGAAGAAUAUUUAGCCGAAUGAAUUGACCCUAGAACUUUUAUUUUUUUAAGCCUGGUACUUAUUCUUUUGGUCACUUUUGCUGAACUGCCAAGUUAUGGAGAUCUAAACACACCAACACCAGUUGUCAAAUGGUGGGGAUAAACAUAUGCACAACGUGUGUGCACACGCAUACACACACACACACACACAUAUUUUGUGGGCUCAAACAUACACACACACAUGAGUGGGUUCAAUUCGAUUUGUCCCCAUUGUUUAAGUUGAGGCAUUGAUUUCUAUGUUUCGUAGUAGUAGUAGUAUAGCCUGUUUCUAAUGGCUUGUUCUUCUUGCUGAACAACUCUCCACGGUUCUGUAUUGCUAGUGGAUAUACUAGGAGUUCUCUUGAGGACUCUUUCUGCUUGAUGUUUUACGUUUAUGAAUGUGUUUGUUCCCUCGAGCAUACAUUUAGCCUCUUCCAUGUUAUUAAUGGUAAACCACAUUUCGUCCAUAUAAAUAAGAGGCUUGUCAACGCAACUACCGAAUGUAAAAUUAUCGCUUGCUUGGCAUCUCAUCCUCCCUGUUGUGAUGAGUCCGUUUUUAAUCGAUCUUAGUAUGUAUGACUUAACAGAGUUUGAUACUUCUGUGAUGUGUAAUCCAUUACUUUUGGGGUCGACUUUGUGGCACACUUCGAAUGUUUGCCUUUAUUGAAAUUAUAGUGGUGUAGCCAUGUCGAAUAUAUAUCGAGAGAAGUUUGAACAUCGUGAUAUCGGCAGUUUGUGGUUCCAAAUAGUUCGUUCUUUUGUUAAAUUUGUUGCCAUAUUGGGACUGUAAUUGUUUUUAUGUUUAUUUCUGUAGCUGCAGAUUGUAUUAGGUUGAGAAGCUUGGGCGUGUUUUUGUAUAUGUCGUUUCAUUCGUUUCUGAUUUGUAUGUUGUUGGUAUUUUUCGCGAAUGUAAUUACAUCUCCUGACUCUGUUGAAUUAGCAUGGUUCAUAAGUUUUUUUAUGAAAUCGUGUUUUUGGCCACGUACUAUCAUUUCGUUUGUAUAUGAGACUUGAUCAUUGUUUUUGUAAUUCUUGUGUGCUUCUUGUUUGUAUGGUUUGUCUGUGAGUUGCUUAAGAAAGGCUAAUUGUCCUUCCUUUUGAAUGUUCGAUGCGGCUAUUGUUUGUCUUUCCUCUUUAUCGCUGAUGAGAUAAUGGCAAAGUCCCUUUGGGUUGAAUACUUUGGUAGCGUUUAUAUCAUAAGGUUUGGGAAUGUUCUUAAUGUUUUUAAGCGAGUAGAAAGCAUGUAUGUUACUUGGAUGGUUGACAUGCCAGGAAAUGAUGUGAAAGUGUGGAAUUUAUUUACGUAACAGGAUGCAUCUCAUUAACAGGUGAGACAAAGGUGAAUACAGAUAUGUAACAUACUAAAAAUUAAUAUGUAGUUCUCACUUUCACAUAUUAUAUAAUAAAAUGAAAAUGAAUAUACAAAAUUAUACACUUAUGCUAUGUUUCUGUCGUGAAACUGUCCAAAGCAUCCUUUAUACAAGGGCGCUUUCGAAAACGAACACAUGUGAGGUCUUGACUUGAUAUCCUUUUGCAGCGAACACAGUCUGCAAACUUUUUCCUUCCAUUUAUCUUUCUGACUUGAUGAAAGUCAAUAUUUUCUCUGACAUCCACCUCAGUUAAUUUUGCUUUUCUCUCAGUUCUGUGCUUUCUAGAAGAAAGGCCCUCAAGUAACUGAGAUGCGAUGUCAACCCAAAAUUUCAAGUGGUCGUAGUCUUUUGGUGGUGGAGGUACUUUGUGGCUUUUUACAUAUACAAUAUAUGAAUUUACGAUAGUUAAAUUAACUAGAAACCACAAAAUAUACCUCCACCAUUUCUUCCCGGGUCGACCAACUGGGUAAUAUGCCCGAUCAUUAGAAGACAGAAAUAAAAUCUGUCUUUUGUCUUUAUAAGCAGUAAUUAAUAGAUUUUCUUUUUGCAUCUGUAAAAUGUCCCCUCUAUUUUUUAAUUUUAUUUUCCAUUCGUGGGGUAAACCUUUACGGUUGCUCAUAACAGUACUGCACAUGUAAGUACUUACGCGGGCAAAAUUUUCCACCAAAGUCACUGACGAAAGAAAAUGGUUGAAAUAGGUGUCGGUGCUGAUGGUUCAGUGGUUCAGUGAGAGACCAUACUACAUCAUGUCCCAAUCCAUGCUGUCUGUUUCCAUUAUAUUUUUUCCCUGUGAAAACAUCGAAGUUUACACAAUAUCCCGUCUCCAAUUCACAAACUUCCCAUACCUUGAUCCCCCAUUUAGUAGGUUUGGCAGGCAUGUACUGCCGAAAAUGUACUCUGCCCUUAUAGCCUAUCAUGGUUUCAUCUACACUGAGAUUUUUCCCAGGAAGAUAUACAGUUCUAUAAUUAUUUGCAAGUAAAUUAAGUACAGGGCAUACUUUGUACAGGGGAUUGUAGUUUGGGUGGUUUUUGUUGGGGGCAUUUUCAGAAUCAGUUAAAUGUAAAUACUGAGAUAUUUUCGAAUACCUCGCUUUCGACAUUAUGCUUGAGCUAUAUGGAUCACCAUACCUCACAUCGGGACUCCAAUAGUUUCACAGUCAAGGAAGCUGUUUAACACCAAACAUAUUAAUUGUAAAAAACACUCAUUUCUGCAGUAUUAGUUGGCUGCCACAGUGGAUCGUUUCUUCCACAAACAGAAAUUAAACGUUGUGCAUAUUUGUCCCUUUCUUCAGCAACAGUUUCAUAAAAACUUUCUGGUAAAAAUAAAAAGAUAGUCUAAUGGUUGAGCAUCAGGAGGUAAAUUAUGUUGUGGACCAGUGUUUUCUGUAAAAUCCGAGAUAGUGUUUGGUGUUGUGAUUUUUGACCAUGUUGCCAUGUUUACGCUAUGAUUUUCAUCACUUUCAUUAUUAAACUCUUCCUCGUCCGACGAAAAAUCACUGAUAUCGAUAUCAGAUUCAUCUGAAGACAAAAUACUUUUGUUUUCGUUUAUAUUUUCUGUAUCAUUAAUUGUAAAUCCUUCAAAGUCGGAAUCACUACUUGCUGAUGCCAUUUCUUUCACAACCAAGGAAAGCACUUCUCUUCAAACGUUAAAAAAACCAUGUGGUCUAAACAAUUUCACGGUAUUUAUACUUGAAUAAAGGCGGGAAAGGCAUUAUCUCAAAGCUACGAGAAUUCAAUAAUGUGAUUUGUUUGUUUUUUUUAGCAAUUUUGUAGAGCUUAAUUAAUUAAUUUUAGCUGGUUACGGUCGAUUUGAACACUAAAGGUGUAAGCUCUUCACGGCUUUGGUGAUUUCUCCAAUGUGGAUAUUGAGCGGGAUCCCUGGCCCCAAUUCUUGCAGAUAUUGAGGUGGAGGGCGAUAAAAUGUUUCUUGAGAGUGUUCCUUCCAUCUCGCCAGUUGGUCCUCAAUGGAAGUUAGCAACCAUCCAGCCUUGUCCUUUACUGGUCUGACGGAAGUAACCUUAUUGUUGCAUAUAUUGACAUCAAGUCUCUUUUCCUCGCUGCUGUUUCCACUUCGUCGGCCACUUCAUUGAAGUAUGUUCUUCUGUCUCUCCUUAGUUUCUUCUUGACUUCUCUCAGCGCCUCACUAUACUUACUAGCAACAGCCUGCUUCUGCUGAUGGGUUCUGGCUUGGUUCAACUCCUGCUUCAGCAUCUUCCUCUCCUCCACUUUCUGCCAAGUCUCGUCACUUAUCCAAGGCUUCCUGUUCACUGGUCGUCUUCCCAGAACCUCUUUGUACACUCCAACUGUAGCUUCCUUCAAAUUUGUCCAGGAUUGUUCCACAGUUGCCUCUGCCUCCUGUCUGUAGGGCUCCAAAUCGAUAUAUAUAUAUACACACACAUAUAUAUUUGCGUAUUUAAAUAUCUACCAAAUAUUUUGGUAAGUUAAGUAUUGUAACUGUUACCAAAGUAGCAAAAUUCACACUUGAAAACUUGUUUAUACUUUGUUUAAAUAUAACUUUCGUAUAGGUGAUACAAUUUUGGGUGCGUAUCAAUUGAAAUAAGAGCCAUGACGCAAUCCUAUAUAUUAAUAAAACUUGUUUAUUAUCCUAUGUGCAUUUUGAUGCAAGAUCCCGACUUACUCUUGUCUGAGAUUAGAAAUUAGGGCCUUCCAUCUCUUCAGAGCCAAGUUACAUUAAUUCACAACAGACAACAUUAUUAUUUGUAUAUAAAUUACAUGUAUGUAGAGAAGUUCAAAUCGGGUUGUUUUGACAUGAACAUAUUGAAACUGCUUGCAAUAUUGGUUAAGAAAACCGUUAUAUAGUAGAGUAACUAAGUACAAUUGUUAACCUAGGAUAUUAAGUGAUGACAUGUUUACGGCGCUGUUUCAUCAAAUAAGAAAACCGUUAGGGGUUUGAGAAGAAAAGAAAUGUAAAGAAAAUUACCUAUUAUAGAUCUUGCAGAAAUACAAAUUAAUGGUCAAAAUAAGGUUUUUGAUCUACAUAAUUUACAUCAUUGUGAUUAACCCUAUCAAGUAAUAUUUUUUUUUAUGUUUUAAAUGAUUUUGAGAAAUAAUUUAAGGAUAUGUAAUCAAGAUAAAUAAUAAAUUAUAAAAUAAAAUAAAGUAGGUAACAUUCAGAUUGAAACCAUACAAAAUUUAAAUAUACAUUACAUUAACUUAGUAGUCAUCAUCAUCAUCGUUUAACGUCCGCUUUCCAUGCUAGCAUGGGUUGGACGAUUUGACUGAGGACUGGUGAAACCGGAUGGCAACACCAGGCUCCAGUCUGAUUUGGCAGAGUUUCUACAGCUGGAUGCCCUUCCUAACGCCAACCACUCAGAGAGUAGUGGAAUUAUAAAUACAAUAUUAACCCUUUCGUUACCAUAUUUCUAACCAAAAUACACCCCUUAUGUGUUUCAAUUAAUUUCUAACAUAAUCAUAAAUUUAGUCUGGUUUCAUUAAACAACUCCUUUUUUAUUUAUCAACAUAUUGUGAUUUUUGGAAGAUAAUUUAACGAAAGGUUCUCAACCAAUUCUAUACCAAAAUUUUUGUCACAAAGUGACUCUAAUUACAGGUAAAUAUAGGUAAAUUCAACAAAAUAUAGAAUUAUAAAAAUUUUUGUUGAAAUAUCGCUAUAGAAAAUGGGUUAUUGGCUAAUAUUCAAUUGGGUAUACAACAAAAUUUUACUAUAGAAGAGUUGUGCACAUUACUGGAUUCAUCAGGUGAAUUUAACACCCAAAAGACAGGUGUACCAUAAAGGUAUAAAUAAAACAAAAGACUGAAAAUUGUCUGUGAAGAAAACUAGAAAACAAAAUACACACAGAAAUAUACAAUAAUGAUUUACAAAAUAAAUUAAUCAAAAUUCGUCACUCACCUUACAGAUAAAUUAAAAUUACACAUAAGGAAAAAUGGAAACGAAGUAAAUUUGAAAGUAUUUAUAAAAUCAAAUCACACACAUAUACUAUAAAGGUUUGAUAGUUGUCAUAGAGACUUCAGUCUCUCUAUCACCUUUCAACAGCAUUAUAAAUGAAGAGACAAUAGAACAAUUAACAAUAUAGUAAAAAGGUUUUAUUUAUGAUGAUACUUGGUUAUACAAAUUCCUGUCAUUCAGCUUAGCAGCCACUGAUUGAAUUGUAUUUUGGUAAUGGAAGGUUAAGGUCUUCCUUGGUGCCUGCCAGAGAAGCAAGUAGCUAUCACAUCGAUAGCAUCAUGGUGAAAAGUGCUUCGUGGAGGAGCGAGGUGUUGCCAUGUAGAAGGUCUGAGCUCAACUCGCCUAACAAAGUGAAACCACUGUUUAAGUACGAGUUUUACUACGAAUGCGCAACUCGAGGGGCUUCCGGUGGUGAAGUCCCCUGCACAUGCACAGAAUAGUACUUCCUCAAUGGCGGCUAUA